AUGAAUCAUGGAGUUCCCUCCUUAUACCUUAGACCUCCAGGCAUAACUCUGCAGCAGAUGAGCGGCGUCAACACGGCCACCUUCUACACCACCAUCAUAUUCAAGGAGGCCGGCAGCUCGAUGUCGCCAUCGCACGCCACGAUCAUCGUCGGCGCCAGCCAGGUGGUGUUCACCCUGGUGUCGGGCCUGGUGGUGGACCGCCUGGGCCGCAAGGUCCUGCUCAUGGCGUCCGACGCCAUCAUGAGCCUGUGCAUGUUCGCGCUGGGCACCUUCUUCUACCUCCAGUACAUGGAGCAGGACGUGUCCGCCCUCGGCUGGCUGCCCAUCGCCAGCAUCAGCGUGUUCUUCAUGGCGUACGCGCUGGGCUACGGGCCCUUGCCCUGGGUCGUCAUGGCCGAGGUGUUCCUGCCCAGCGUCAAGGGUCUGGCCGGAGCCGCGUCCUGCGUCGUCAACUGGCUGCUCGCCUUCGUCGUCACCAAGUUCUUCGCCGACAUGGUGGGCGCGUUCGGCACGCACACCACCUUCUGGAUCUUCGCGGUGCUGUCGCUGUUCGGCGUGGUGUUCGUGUGGCUGGUGGUACCCGAGACCAAGGGCAAGACCUCGGACGAGAUCUUCAAGGAGCUGAACGGGGACCUGGAGCGCCCCAGGGACCUGGUCGACGUGGGCCACUGCAACGAGGCCCUCGACUACGAGCUCAGGAGCAGGAUGGGCCUCCACAUCUGAAGCGAUCUCCUUGUUCCAUCUCAGUGGAUUCCUGACAUCACACAUCUAACAAGAGCAGGUGUAGACUCCAUCUUAGAAAUCUUCACCUUGUGUUAUCUCAUUGAAGUCAUUCAAGACAUAUUUUCAAGAGCAAGUUGGGACUCCAUAUCUGAAGCAAUCACCUUGUUCAAUUUCAUUGGAUUUCCGACAUCACGUAUUUAACAAGAGCAGGUGUAGACUCCAUCUUAGAAAGCAUCUCACUGAAGUCAUUCAACACAUAUUUUAAAGUGCAAGAUGGGACUCCACUUCUAAAGCAAUCUCCUUGUUCAGUCUCAGUGGAUUUCCGACAUCACACGUCUAACAAGAGCAGGUGCAGACUCCAUCUUAGUAAGCCUCACCUUGUGCCAUCUCAUUGAAGUCAUUCAAGACAUAUUUUAAAAAGCAAGUUGGGACUCCAUAUCUGAAGCAAUCUCCUUGUUCCAUUUCAGUGGAUUUCCGACAACCCACAUUUUACACAAACAGGCGUAGUAUACAUCUCAGGAAGCACCUCCUUGUGUUAUCUUACUUAAUUUCAACGAAACAUUUUUUAUAAUAUCUUAACGAGUAAAAUGACAUUAAGGCUUAUCAUUCCUUAAAUGUUACCAUUACACUUUGCCAAAUAUAUUUAAUUAUUAUCUGUUAAAUACAAACUAAUUCGAAGCAAUUAACCAGAAUGUAUUUAAUUUUUUCAUGAUUACCUAAAUGGCGUCGCUUUAGUUAUUGGAGCUUGCCUUUGCAGUUUUAUUCAUGCCAAGUUGUUUUCGGUCAUUAUGGUUGUAUUUAAAAUGCACAAUCAAUUUAUUAUUAGAGACUAUACACUGAAAACAAAGUACCUUUAGAAUUUACAUUUGACUGAAGCUGUUUCAAGCGUUUUACGUGGACUUCAUUGAGUAAAAUAAGCAUAGGUUUAGGACAUUAGACAAAAUCUUCGAGAAGAUAACAUGGACAUGAAAGCCAGCAAAGUACUUGAACGAUAUGAUCCAGCCAAAAUUUGGCUUUAUUUUUAUAAUGGUCUUUCUCUAAUAUUUUCUAACAUUUUAAAAUAUAAAAUAAUUCGUUCAAUGCUUUGAUGAAUUGUGAGGAACCAAUACAACUUUAUCAAAGGGUAGGUAUGAAGAAGUGAAAUGACUUUAAGUAAAUUUUGCAGCUAAUGUAACCACAUGCUGAUUGCCGGUAUGAACACUCUCAUCGUAGUUAUAACUCUUUAUUUUAGGAGGGGUUUUAUUACUCUGACAAAGUGGAAUAAUUUUAUUAGAAUGAACAAAGUGAUUUUUAAAAUCUGAAGAUUUAUUAAUGUAUACUUGGUUAUUUGGUUGUUCUGUUAUCGAAACUAUACAUAAAAAAAAUACUGGUUUUUAGAGCCCAAAUAGCUGAUGUUUAAAUAUGAAUAUUGAGCUUUUCAUCAAUUCAUGUUAAAUAUACAUAAAAUGUUGAAAGAAACGGGUGGCCAUUAAAGAAAUUAUUGUCUUA